AAUGAAUCCAUCAGUUAGUCAGUAAACGAAUAACUAAACACUAGCAAAAUGACCGGAGUACCUUGUCAAUUAGUGAUUAUUUCCGAGGAUCCAGAUAACUUACCAAUAAAGGACGCCUUUGUUAUUGUAAAGCAGUUAUUUAUAUAUGGUGUAGAGGAUGUGUCACUUAAGGGAGAUAAAAUAUUUGUCAAACUAUCGUACUCACCUAAUAAUAAGACAUUAAAAAAGAAGUUUGGAUACCUUCCAAUAAGGUAUAUGAGAAUUAAAAUAGACAACGAGGAGGAGUUCCAUGUACUGGAAGAUAUCUGCAAAAGAUACCGCUUCAACCUUCUGGACGAUGAGGUGGAGGAAUUUGAAAGGUACCAAGAAAAAAAACAGCUGGUGGGUAUAAAGCGACCAUUUCUUUCUCCUCCUCCUCCUCGUCCUCCUUCUCAUUUUGGUCACUCUUCUCUUCUACCAAUGACUUCAUCUUCUACACCAACGAAUUCAACUGCUCCACCAACGAAUUGGGCAACAACAUCAGCAGAAUCACCAGCAAAAAAACAAAAACGAAAAAUGACGAGGACGACGACAUCACAAAACCCAGAGGAGGUACUAGAUCUUGACGAACUUAAUAUAGAUCAUUUCCUGAGUCAGAAAUAGAAAAAUUGGGAAAAAGUAUGUAGAUUUAUUAAAUAAAAUGCGUUUUUAAUUA